CCAGGGGACUGGUAGGUGGGAGUGGCGCUCCGGGGUAAUGAUAUCUGGGAAAAGUGUGUAGGUGGAGGUGAUUCUAGAAAGGUCGAAUCUCAAGGACAAAAUGAGCACACAAACUGUGCAGAAGGGAGCGUUUUCGCCGGAGAGUGAUGUGCAUGUUACGCGGGAAGACCAGGGAAAAAUCAACAAAUUUGCCCGUCUCAACGCAAAUCUUCAAGAUCUCCAGGAUGAAAUUAAAAAUAAAGAGAACGGAAUGAAGAACCUGGAGGAUGCCAGCGACGAGCUGCUGAUGGUUGACGACGAGGCGGACCUGAUCCCCUACAUGGUGGGUGACGUGUUCUUCCACGCCACGCUGGAUGACACCAAGGUCAAGCUAGAAGCGGCUAAAGACGAGCUGACACGUGAGAUGGAGGAGCUCAACGCCAAGGGCAGCCGCUGCAAGGAGGAGAUGGCCAUCCUGAAGCGAGACUUGUACGCCAAGUUCGGCGACAACAUCAACCUGGAGCCGGACGAGGACUAGCGGCGGCUCGGCGGGCCGCUGGACGUGUUCGUGACGGGCGUCGCCCGCCCUCUGACGCCGCCCGCCAGCCGACCGCCGCUCAGCGCCCAGCUCGGACCGGGGCGUGGUGGCAGACCGAGCGAGCGCGGCCGCGGGCGGCUCGAGAGGCCGCGGUGGGGAUUGCGGCCAGCGUGAGCGCGUGUGCGUGUGGCCUGUUGUGGUGCGCUUGGUUAUUAACCUGUUGGUUGUCGUCGGUGACGUGUCGCGAAUCGGAGGGGGGCGUGAGAACGGCGUGACCCGGACCUUGUCCUCUCGCCGAACGCCAGGCGGUGCGCUCCUGGCACGAACAGUGUUCUGAGGUGCUCGCACUUGUUGAACGCGCCUUCGGGCUGCUCUGUUUGGUUGCUAUGCGAAGUUUCUUCCAUUAAUGUGUUCCCAAGAGCGCCGUGAGUGCGUUGUGGUCACUUAUUUAUUUAGCCUGUCUGGAUCUGUACGUACCCUCGUUCUCUACCUGCACCGUGCCACAAGAAUUGCAAACAAACAUGUAUCUGUGAUGGCA